AUGGACCUUGCCUUCGCGACCCUUCAGCAGCCGCCGAGGGUGGCGCCUCCGCCCCUCACGUCGGUUGGCACGAGCGCAGCCACCAGCAUCGCCCCGCAGGCCAACUUCGCAACCAAAGCAUCCGCGGUGGUCUUGGGGGCCGCCGUCCUGGGUGCUCGCCGCUUGAGGCUGCCGCGAUCCGGAAGUAUGAAAGGUCAGAAGAUCGUUCGUCAGGCUGAGGAUGGGGAGACGGCCGAGGCCGAAGCGAUCUUCCGCGAGGCCUAUGAAGCCGAGGCGGAGCGGGCGAAGCUGCUGAGCAAGCAAGUGGAGGCGGCGCUGGCCGAGCAACUGGGGGCUCCCGAAGGCAUCAAGAUCAAUGUGGAGGCUCCUGCCGCACCAGCUCCCGGGGAGCCGGGCGGCUCGACCUGGAGAGCUGCCUACGAGGAUGUCAAGAAGCGCACGGCCUCAUUAGAGAGCCAGCUGACGAAGGCCCGCCGAAUGGCAGAACCCGCGGCCCCCGCUGCAGCAACGGCGCAGGUGGAGGACAACUUCGAGCCACCCGACGUGUCUGAAGUGUCGAGCAGCAGUGCCUCACCGAACUUCCAGCAGCCGCAGCGGCCCGCAGGUGAGAUGGAGCCGAUGCAGCAGAUGCAGAAGUUGCGCGAGGUGGCCAACAUUGCAGACGACGAGGAGUCAGUGCUGAGGCUGCUGUCUUUGGCGGCCCUGCCCAAUCAAGAGAAUCUCUUUUCCGACGAUCCGACGGCUCGGAAGGAGCUACCGUCGCUGAAUCAAGCGCGAGAGGCCCUGAGCAACGAGGACUUCGUCGCCAGCGAUGCCCUGGUCUUCGAGCGCUGCUACGUCUUUCCCGGGGCGAUUCCGAGUGGCCGUGAUCCUGCCACGGCUUUGGAUUCAAUGCAGAGCCGAAUGCGCGGCCUCCCGGCGACUGGAGCGGCAGAGACGGAGCUGUUUCUGCAGCGCCAGAAGGAGGAGGGAAAGAGCUUGUUGAUCAUGAUACACAAGAGCGACUUGCCCGAGGAGGAGAUGGAGUCGUGGCAGUGGGUGAUCUGGGUCCUCCUCGUGGGUGCCACCUUCUUUGCCUCGAUGUCGACACCUCUUGCGGUAGUUGCUUUGGGUCCUGGCGUGGCUAAUGGCACGGACGUGACGGAGCUGACUGGGGCCCUCGACAAGCUGGUGCCGGUCGCUGGCAUCGUCCUGGCCACGGUUGCUGCCCAGGAGACAGCGCGCCGGACGGUGGCAUCCAGCUACGGGGUGCAGCUCACUCCGCCCUACCUGCUGCCGGCACUGCCCAUAGGGUCCAUUGGCUGCCUGGGUGCGGUCACGCGGCGGUUGUCCACAGCGCCGAAUCGGGAGGCAGAGGUGAACAUGUCCCUGGCGGCACCAAUUGCGGGACUGAUUGUCUCCCUGGGCUUCGUGGCCGCAGGCGUGGCGAUGGGACCUGGCUCGGACACUGUGGUCAAUCUCAACUAUCAGCUCCUGCCGGUGCUGGUGAAGUUUGCCUUGCGCCCUUUCCUGGGGCAAUCGUCUGUCACGACCCAGCCGGAUCCUUUUGCGGACCCGACGGCGCUCGCCUUUGCUGCCAACCCCAUCCUUAUUGGGGGCGUCUGUGGCCUGAUCCUCACUGCGCUGACGCUCCUUCCGAUAGGCCGCCUCGACGGCGGGGUGCUGGCACGCAACGCCUUGGGCGGACUGGCCUCCCCCCUUGGCCUUCUAGCUACGGCCCUGGUGCUCUAUGGCAGCUUUGGCCCGGGUGAUGCUGGCUCGCUGUACCUGGCCUUCGGCGUGUCGGCCCUGAUCUGGUUCGGAGGGGCGGAGGCUCCACCCAAGGAGGCGAUCAACGGGAUUUCUGCGCCGCAACAGGUCCUGGCCGUCCUCCUCGUCUUUGUUGGCUUGGCUCUCGCUGUUCCAGGCUACAGCUUCCCGCAGAUUUAA